GAAGCGGAACGCCGCUUCUCUGACUAUUAUCUGAAACAUGGCGCUGUCUAGUGUGUUGCGGAGUGAGUCUGCGGAUUUUGCAGAUCGCUUUAACCAGCCUUUUGCGCACGGUUGUGGCCUUAACCAGACAGAUCUCGGCUUUGGAGAAGCGUUGGAUGAUAGUCUGAACUUCGCCGUGAAACCGCUGGGUGAAGGGGAUGAACCGGAGAGAAAAAUCGAGUUUCUUCACGGCACGACCACCUUAGCAUUCAAAUUUCAGCAUGGCGUCAUUGUGGCUGUGGAUUCCAGAGCAACAGCCGGUUCCUACAUUGCUUCACAGACAGUGAAGAAGGUGAUUGAAAUCAACCCGUACCUGCUUGGCACCAUGGCUGGAGGAGCCGCGGACUGCAGCUUCUGGGAGCGUCUGCUGGCCAGGCAGUGUCGCAUCUAUGAGCUGCGCAACAAAGAGCGCAUUUCAGUGGCGGCUGCCUCCAAGCUACUGGCUAACAUGGUGUAUCAGUACAAAGGCAUGGGGCUCAGCAUGGGCACGAUGGUCUGCGGCUGGGACAAAAGAGGACCAGGGCUCUACUACGUGGACUCUGAGGGCAACCGAGUGUGCGGAGACCUGUUCGCAGUUGGUUCGGGAUCCAUGUACGCCUACGGUGUCGUCGACAGCGGUCUUCGCUACGACCUGACUGUAGAAGAAGCAUGCGACCUGGGCCGCCGCGCCAUCUACCAAGCUACUUACCGUGACGCCUACAGCGGAGGCCAAGUCAACCUCUACCGCGUCCAUGGCGAGGGCUGGGAAAGGGUCUCGCAGGAAGAUGUGCUUCAGCUGCACCUUCAAUACCAGAGCGAGAAAGCAUAGAAGGAGGGGUUGGGAGGAGAAAAGGGAUGAGGGAAAAGGCCACAGCGGUAGUUGGGUUUCAGAAGGGAAGGAUGAGACCGGUCAGAUGAGGAAUGAGUUGCAGAUUAGUGAUAUAACCUAAAAGGCACUUCGGUUAACUUAAUGAAAUCAGAUUUACUUCCAAGAAAUUUUAUGCCAACUCUUUUGUAAGAGCUGGCUCGUCUGUGCAUGAGAACAUGAGCAAGGCUGUCUCGCUCCCUCUCUCUUUAUCUCUUAUUCUCAUCUCUUGAAGUUAGACCAGUUUCCGUUAUUUUUCUCAUAUAUAUUAUUCGUUGAGUUUUCAACCAUUUUCAGUAGUAUUACAACCCCAAGCCAUUGCAGUUCCACUUGUUGUUUGUGAUUAUUAAAUAAGGGGGCGCUGUGUCCCAAUGGACACCGUGACAAGCCAAAACUCCAGUUGGCCAGCUCUCAUUGAGUGGGUGUGGGCUUCUGUUCUUCUCAUCUCACAUGUAUCUGCAGAUACCACAGUUACUAAACCUGCUCUCAAUAAACCUUGGAUUUUUGCUAUAUAAGUGUUAUUUUUUCCCCUCUUGAAAAUGUAUUUGGAAUCUUAAGUCACAGUUGAUGUAUGAAUGCCAUUGCAUUAGAUAACAAAAUAUCAAACCAGCUGCAUCUGCACAGUGCCAGCAAAUUUUUCUCAGAACUACUUUUCUUGUCCAUUUUUGCAGUUACUUUUAGGUAUUUUUUCCCCCAAGCUCAUUUUAGUGGGGUCUGCAGAAUGUCUUAAAAUUAUAUGGUCACACUUUAUUUGAAGGUCCAAUUCUUGCCAUUACCAAACCAUUAACUAUGACUGUUGC